AUGAGCAAGAAUCCGUCGCAUCCGCUGCUCAGAAGAACGUCCCCAGUGCAAAAGAUGUACCAGCGCUAUUUCGAGUACUACUUCCACCACGCCGCGCCAUCACUUUCCGGAACUCUAGACCAUUCUUUUUGGGGGGUGUAUGUCCUGCAACUCUGCCGCUCCGAGCCCGCAAUCUGGGACGGUCUUAUCUCUCUCAGCGCGCUAUUUGAGCGUCCCCCGGUUAACAAUGCAUCAAACCCAACAGCAUUGCUAAAUUCACCAGUGGAAGUGAGGCAUGAGUAUCACCACGAUGCGUUGGCGUGGUAUUCCCGCUCCUUGGCUGGGCUGCGUCGACGAAUUAGUGGCGGCGGCCGGGUUGUGGAUGUAGAUGUCGUCCUGGUUGGGACGAUAAUUUAUAUUGCUAUUGAGUUUCUGCAGGCUAAUUAUAAGGCUGUGAUGGGGCUGUAUACAAGAGGUAUGCAGCUUAUUGCCGGUAACGUCGCCGCGGAGUCUGGAUUGGAGGUUGCGGUGAAAGCCAUGUUCCGACGUCUUCGCACCCAGAUUUUGAUUUUCAGUAGUGUCCCAAUGAGCGAAGACAUACCCGAUCACCCCGCGCUAAAUGAGAGAUUCGAGUCUAUCGACUCAGCUCGCAAUACAUUAUUCGAGUUGAUCUCGGACAUGAAACAGCUUCUGCUUGCCAUCAAGUCCUAUCGCGCGCAGACUGGCAGCACACAUAUACCCUCUUCGCACCAACUGACUGCCAAACAGGCCGAACUCGAGCAACAACUCCAUAACUGGUAUAAUGCCUUCACAACCCUUUCACCACCACCUAAAACCGGUGUCAGGGAUCCAACUACCCUCAUCCUCCUAAUGAACCACACCGCAAUCCUCCUCGAAACACGAAUCUGUCUCUCAGCCUCUGAAUCAGCCUACGACUCACAAAACAACGAAUUCGAAAAAAUAUUGAAAUACGCAUACUCCCUCAGCUCCUGGCCCUCGUCACCUCCAUCGGCAAGUACACAUAGAAAGAGACAACCAUUCUCAUUCGACCUCUCAACUUUUUUGCCUCUAUUCAUAACAGCGCUGAAAUGCCGCGAUCCGGCUCUUCGCCGCAAGGCGCUUUGUCUCCUAUCAGGAGGAGAUUCAUCUACUACUACCGGAGCAGCAGUAGUGACAGCAGUGCAGGGCCUCUUCUUGUCCCGGCCUGCGGCACAACUCAUCGCAAUAAUUGUAGGGUUGGAAGAGCGCUCCGACCUCUUCCUGCCUGCUUCAGCUUCUGUGACUACCACGCCGCUGAAUCCGGGGCAAGAAACGGAUGAGGUGCCAUCAUUGGAAAAUAUAGUAAAGAGCAUACUCUCCCAAAACGGCUGCAUUCCCAAAGACGAGCAUCGAAUCUGCGAUUUUUGGAUUUCGUCGUCGUCUGAAGCUGCGCCACCAGAGCUAUUAUAUCUAUCAGCGCAGGGGAAGCGUCGUAUCGAUGCUGUUAAGAAUAGUAAGGGGGGAGAGGUUUGGUUAUAUUAUCGUCGAUUCACCUGUCUCGAGGCCCCUGUCUCGUAUGAUGGUCAUGCGGAAGAAGGGGGGAGGAAGAUGGGGUAUGUCACGCGGAGGAUACGGCUAAAGAUAUCUGACUUCAAUGUCACUUAA